UCUGCAGGCUUACAUUUCAAAUGGCCAUUAGGGGCCCCUAUGCUGGCAGCAAUAUAUGCAAUGAGUAUGGUUUUAAAAAUGCUGCCUGCCCUGGGUAUGGCGUGUCCACCCAAAUGCCGCUGCGAGAAGCUGCUCUUCUACUGCGACUCUCAGGGCUUCCAUUCAGUGCCAAACGCCACAGACAAGGGCUCCUUGGGCCUGUCCCUGAGGCACAAUCACAUCACAGAGAUUGAAAGAGAUCAAUUUGUCAGCUUCAGUCAACUUACCUGGCUCCACUUAGAUCACAAUCAAAUUUCAACAGUAAAAGAAGAUGCUUUUCAAGGACUAUAUAAACUUAAAGAAUUAAUCUUAAGUUCCAACAAAAUAUUUUACCUGCCAAACACAACUUUUACCCAACUAAUUAACCUGCAAAAUUUGGACCUGUCUUUCAAUCAGCUGUCAUCUCUGCAUCCAGAGCUCUUCUAUGGCCUUCGGAAGCUGCAGACCUUGCAUUUACGUUCCAACUCCCUGCGGACUAUCCCAGUACGCCUGUUCUGGGACUGUCGUAGUCUGGAGUUUCUGGAUUUGAGCACAAACCGUUUGCGAAGUUUGGCCCGCAAUGGAUUUGCAGGAUUAAUCAAACUGAGGGAGCUUCACCUGGAGCACAACCAGCUGACAAAGAUUAAUUUUGCUCAUUUCCUCCGGCUAAGCAGUCUGCAUACACUCUUCUUACAGUGGAACAAAAUCAGCAACUUGACAUGUGGGAUGGAGUGGACCUGGGGCACUUUAGAAAAGCUGGACCUGACUGGAAAUGAAAUCAAAGCUAUUGACUUGACAGUGUUUGAAACAAUGCCUAAUCUUAAAAUACUCCUCAUGGAUAACAACAGGUUAAACAGCCUUGACUCCAAGAUCUUAAACUCCCUGAGGUCGCUCAGCACUGUUGGCCUCUCUGGCAAUCUGUGGGAAUGCAGCCCCCGAAUAUGUGCUCUGGCCUCCUGGCUGGGCAGUUUCCAAGGUCGGUGGGAACAUUCCAUCUUAUGCCACAGCCCUGACCACACCCAAGGAGAGGAUAUUCUAGAUGCUGUCCAUGGAUUUCAACUCUGCUGGAAUUUGUCAACCACUGUCACUGCCAUGGCUACAACUUACAGAGAUCCAACCACUGAAUAUACGAGAAGAAUAAGCUCCUCAAGUUACCAUGUGGGAGACAAAGAAAUCCCAACUACUGCAGGCACAGCAGUUACUACCGAAGAACACUUUCCUGAACCAGACAAUGCCAUCUUCACUCAGCGGGUAAUUACAGGAACAAUGGCUUUAUUGUUUUCUUUCUUUUUUAUUAUUUUUAUAGUGUUCAUCUCCAGGAAAUGCUGCCCUCCCACUUUAAGAAGAAUUAGGCAGUGCUCAAUGAUUCAGAACCACAGGCAGCUCCGAUCCCAAACACGACUCCAUAUGUCAAACAUGUCAGACCAAGGACCAUAUAAUGAGUAUGAACCCACCCAUGAAGGACCCUUCAUCAUCAUUAAUGGUUACGGACAGUGCAAGUGUCAGCAGCUGCCAUACAAAGAAUGUGAAGUAUAACACCCACCAGGCACCAGAACGCCCAGCAGAUAAGUCACCUAUGUUACAUGCUAGGGGCUACAUACAUAUCUAAUUUUUACCAAUGAUGACAUUAAGCCUAAUUUUCCAAACCAAGUGGAGACUUAGUUUUUGAAGUGUUCAAGUAUUUUUAAUUUUUUUAAAAUGAAAUCAUAUUUUAAGUGUUAAAUGAAGCAAAGCUCACAUUAAUUUGCACUCCUGUUGGAAAGUCUAAAAGUGCUUACUUCAAAAUUAAGACAUUUUAUGUAUGUAAUUAUAUACUACUGUGUGUAAACAUUUACACCAAAGUCUCCAUGUGCUAUUUUUUUUUCUACUGGAAACAGCUUGGAAAGAAACUAUUGAGCAGAAGCAGAUAUGGAUCAAUACCUGUUUGACCACUGCUCUCCGUCCCACGCAUCACAACUGGCUUGCUGCUUCAAAGGAGACAGCAAAGUUCUCUUGUAUGGUAAUUCGGUAUUCACUCAAAUUUCAACUCUACUGCCAGUGUGGGAAGUGUAAUUUCAUGUAUGUUGAGACUGGUAAACAUUACACACUCUUCUUUUAAGAGUUUUUGCCUGGGUUAGUAGAUACUAUCAAAGUCUACAUCAUGCUUAUCAGGACCCUUUAUGUAAUUCUAACAAGCUGAGUGACUCUUUCAUAUAUUUAAACAAUCCAAGUGAUUGUAAAAAGGUCUCUUUACAGUGAAAUCAACACUAAAUAAUUAUACCAACUUUUUAAUCACACAUUCCCACUUUCAUUUGUGAUGGACAUGUUCAUUGUUGCAGUUAGAAAACUAUUUUAAAUCAGCAUUAAAUUACCAUUUUACUAAUUAACUCACUAAAUCCUGUAUUUUCAUUUAGAUGUGGAGGCUAAGAUUUAGAAAUUUUGGAGAGAAAAAAAGAUAUGAAAUCGUCAAUUUAAGAACUUUGAUAUGCUUUCUUCAGUUUUAAAGUACACACACACACACACACACACACACACACACACACACACACAGUCUCACUCAAUCCAGUCAAUGAUCAAAGACCCCUCAACAAAGGGGUUUAAACCUCUUUAUUCUGACAUUUCCUAAUCUCCAAAACUCAAAAAGCCAAAUUAAAAAUAAUUGGCUAGCAACAGGAAAAACAUUGAUUCUUAUACUCUAAAGAAAUCAUUUAAAAAGCCACUUUAUAUUUGACAAAAUUUAACCCUUCCACAAAGACACACAUGAAUAUUUUAAGCAUGGUUCCUUCCAAAAGAAGGGAACAUAUUACCGGGUGAAUCUUACAGGAGAACACUCGACAUGCCUAUGCAGCCACACAGCGGCAGCUCAAAGGCAGCACAGAGGUAAGAUGCUCAAGAGAAAAGGACAGUUUUUGAAACUGACUGCCAGGUUAGCCGAAGUUAGCAAGCUGCCGCAAAGAGUGAUCACACACAACCCAAACCAACAGGGCAAGGCUCCACGUCCUGCAGCUGACAAGCAAAGAGGGGUGGUUCUCCAGUGUAAAUAUAAGCAUUCCAUGAUUAACAAAUGAUAAAGAUGCCACAUUUUUCAUGCAAAAAGGA